UAGCAGUGAAUUGGUUUAAGUGUACAGUGUUCAUGUAAUAAGAUUUUCAUAUAAAGAUUGCAAGGAACUUGCUGUUAUGCAUAUGUGCUAUGAGCGGCCUGGCCUGGUCACCCCCUUGAACGGAGGCGUGGGGUACGAGAAGUGGGAGCGCGACCGCGGCGGCGGCGGUGGCGGCGGCGGCGGCUCCGGCGGCGCGUGGUCGGGCCGCGACACCCGGGACCGGGAGCGGGACCGAGAGCGCGAGCGGCUCGCCCGCGCCAACCAGAUGUCGCACGCGCACGCCGCCGAGCCGGACGCCUCGUCACUCUUCCCGGCACCAUUCAGGGUGACUGGCAACAGGGACCACGUGAGCCAGCAGAUCCAACACAAGCUUGGCGAUUACCAUCUCGCGCAGUCCCUCAUCGACGACCCCAGCAAAUCUAUCGGCAUAUACGCAGAGCCACCCAGUCCAGCGCCAUGUUCGCGGCGCGAGAGCGAGUUCAAAAAGCCUGCGCAUGCGCCGCAAAAUGGUCGUAUACACCAUCGGCAGUUUUACAACAAGAGCGAGGCGACAGGAUCAUCUGGGACGACUGCGCAUCGGCCGCCGCCUAUCCGGAUACCGAACGGUUUUCAAAAUCAGACCCCAUUGGAUAGCAGUCAACCGCCUAUAGAAAGCAUUUUAAAGGAGAUGAAAUCUCUGCCGACCCCCUUAUCAGUGAUAGCGGCUACGCCGCGCAAGGAGUCUGACAACAAGUUCAUCUUCAAUCCUUACACCAAUAAGGUGCAGGAAAAUCCACAAGUGACCAACGAUCUCAAAACACCCCUACCAAAACCCGGUUUAGACAACCGGAUAUCAAACUCACGGCGUUCAGUGUCACCUGACGUAAACAAGGAUCUUGGACUAUCUGAGAGUGAUGACGAAGUCGCGGCCACUACUACAAGUAUAGGACCGUUGCUAUCGCCCAUCGGCUCGGCCAGCCCCAGCUCCGGCAGCUCGUCGCCCUCCGACUCUGAGAGCGAGUCAUCGUCAGCGGAGUCGACGGCGGCCCCGCCGGCGGCCCCCGCGCCCGCGCCGCAGCCCGCGCAGCGCUCCUCGUGGAGCCUGUCCAACUUCGCGCCCCCGCAGGCCCAGCCGCAGGAGCAGGCCUACGACUCGGGGAAGGAGUUGAGGCAUGCGCUCGCGGAUGUCAAGGACAAGCCGAGUCCAAUCUCGGAUAUGUCAGACUCGGAAGCGUCGUCGCCGUCGCCGGUGGGCGCCCGGCGGCGGCGCUCGCUGGCCAACCGCGCGUCCACCGCCUCCAGCGACGACGAGCCGUCGCGACCCACUACGCAAACAUCACCACGUGUGCAGGCCUCGUUCACGGCGCCGCAGAAGCGCGGGAGGCCGCCCAAGGCGCGCACUUCGGAGGAGCGGCCCGCGAAGAAGAAGCGCGGCCGCCCGCCCAAGCAGCCGCCGCCCCUCGCCGCCGCCCCCGCGCCCGCGCCCGCGCCCGCCCCCGCCCCCGCGCCCGCGCCCGCCCCGGAGAGCGACGCGGAGCCCGACCUGCCGCAGCCGCACGCGCAAGACAACAAAACACACAUCUUCCGCAAGGUUUUUACGCCCAAAAAAGGCGACGAAUGCGGCGGGAAGGGCGGUAAAGGCGGCAAAGGGAAGGGCGGGAAGGGUAAGGGUCAGGUGACAAUCAUCGAGGUGCCCAUGACUCGAGAGUCGGCGGACGAUGAUGAGCGCAGGAACCGCGAGCGGUCCACUGAGAGGAGGAACGAGGAGGCAAUGGCCCGCGUGUCUCCCCCGCAGGAGCCGGAGACCCUCACCAGGAGGCGGGAGGCGGACAGGGUGGCCAACGAGAGGAUACAGGAGAGAGUGUCCCUCGAGCGGCCCGACCACCGCCGCUCCGACGACCGGCCCACGGACCGGGGCCCGGACCGGACCCCCCUCGACCGGAUACACACCGAGCGCACCUCCAACGACCGGAUACCGGAUCGGAUAUUAAGCGAGCGGUUGCCACCCGAGCGGGCGCUCAGUAACCGCAUGCCGGAUCGGACGAGUAGGGUGUCGGGGGUCGUGCCCGAUCGGCGGUCGAGUGAGAGGUUCCCAGGGGAUAAGGUGUCACUUGAGCGGCUUAGUAAACCUCACGAGCGGUUAUCUGGUGAAAAAGUAAUCGAGCGACAUGAAGAUAAAAAUAUGGAAAGACUGUCUGCAGAGAAGUUACCAAUUGAGCGUUUGUCCGAAGAUAAGACGUCGCUCGAGCGGUUGACGACUGACAAGGUUGGACUCGAACGUUUGAGUGCCGAUAAAGCGGGACUCGAACGGUUGGGGACCGACAAAGUGGGUCUCGAACGGUUGACGAACGAGCGGUACAUUCGCGCGGAAGCAGAUGUCGGCUCGGGACUCAAAUCGGGCCGCGGGUCUGAGAGACUCGAAGAGGCUUCCUCAAUUGUGUCGGGCGGUACGUCGCGCGCGCGGCUGGUGGUGCGCGUGCCGCUGGCGAAGCUCCGCGGCGAGCUGGUGCGUGCGCUGCAGCGGCCGCUGCAUCCGCUGCACGCGCUGCACUCGCUGCACCCGCUGCACGCGCUGCAUCCGCUGCAUCCGCUGCAUCCCAACAACGCUCACAACGCGCGCCGCCCGCCGGCCAAGCGUAGGCCUACACCGCAUCCGGACCAGGGCGCGGCUGUCGGCGCUACAAACCACGAGCGGACGGCGUGUGGACAGACGCCCAUCUACUUCUCGUACUUCGAGCGGUUGCCUGCCGACGCUCUCUCCGAUGAAGAGCGGGAUCACAAAUACUACCUCGAGGAGGCGACCCGGUUGCGUACCGCGGCGGAGCGGGAACAAGAGCCGCUGCCGCGCGUGAUGCUGUACCUGGAGUCGGUGCUCUGCUUCGUGCUGACGGGCCGCGUGCUGGAGCUGGAGCACGACACCAAGCGCGCCUUCACCAUCUACCGCGAGACCAUCGAGUACAUCAAGUCGAUACACUCGAUGCCGCAGCGGUUCAGAGCGUCGCCGCACUCCACGUUCAGCAAAUUAGAUAUACUGAGUCUUCGUGUGCAAGCCCUACUGUACCUGCGGAUGUUCAAAAUGUACAAUCGUGAAGUCAAAGAGUACAACAAGAUUGUACAAGACUAUCAACAAAAGGGCCGCGCGCCGUCCGCGUCGCCGCUGUCGCCGUCGCCGUCGCCGGCGGGGUCGGUGGGGUCUGCGGGCUCGGGCUCGGCGUCGUCGGGGUACUGCUCGCUGGCGCACUCGGUGCCGGCGCACGCGCACCACGCGCUGCUGCAGCUCACCAAGUACUACACGUUCCUGUAUGUGGCGCACGACCUCUGGGAGCAGGCCGACGGGCUCUGCCGCCUGCGGCCUAACCAAGACCUGUUCAUAGCUGUGGACCGCAAGUGCGGGCCGCUGUCGCUGUCGUCGACGUUCCGUCACCUGGUGCAGUACGUGCGGUACGCGAUAUCGCUGCUCAAGAACGCGCCGCGCGAGUGACCUCCGCCGCCCGCGCUGCGGCUGCUCGCGCGCCGCUGCGGACUCACUGUCACCGACCGCUAGGCUCCUAUCACUUGGACCACGGAACAUAUUGGCCUAUCAUAUUAUACGCACGCUUCAUAAUAAAAUGCAAUAACUCCAUUGAACGGUUAUACGAAAAUGGACUUUGAAAUUAAGGAUUUAAAGUUGAUUUUGGAUUAAAUGUUUUGUGAGUUAUGGCUACAUAAUAUUGAGCGUACGAAUUGAACUAGCUUAUUCAUAAAAACGUUAAACGUGUAAACUAUUUUAUAUGUUUGAUAAAAAGUGAGAAAACACUAGUUUUUAUGAAUAAAUGGUUUGACAUGGAGAUAUCGUAGUUACAGAUUAAUAUAUUGAUCGAUCGAUUGUUGUCCGUAUUUGACACGUUUGUUAACUAAUUAUGAACGAAUUGAACUAUUGAUGAUUGAUAUUUUGGUAGUAAAUGGUAUGAAAUCAACUAGAUUACCAAAAUCAACUCACAAUAUCAUUCGUUUGAUUGAAGAAACAUAGAAAUAUAAAAUAUUAGUUGGCUUCCGCGGAAUGCAACCUGUGUUACUCGUUGUUCAUGUACAUAGGUCUAACUGUAGGUGAUAGAAUUUUUAAUACAAGUAUACAAACAAGGAAAUAAACAAACUCAAGAAAGCAAACUUUAUCAUAUUAGUAUAGAUUAAUAGAAGUAAAUAUUUAAAUAU